AAAAAAAAAAAAAAAGACUCUCUCCCCCCAUAGGCGGGGGUUAGAAUCACUGCCACCAACCCACCAACCCACUCCCACCCAGGGUAAAAAAGAAAAUUCAACCCUGGGAUCUUUUUUUUUUUUUAUAUUUUUUCCCAUUUCGACAAGAUAAUUAGACUAUGCAUCCUCCUUUAGAAGCUCAUAAACAAGAAGGUUGUGACGACGUUAUUCAAGCGUUGGACGAUUGUCAUCGUGCUGGUACAUUUAACAAGUUCAUUGGAACGUGUAAUGCAGCCAAGACAGCUGUGGACAAGUGUCUCAAGGAAGAGUUUCUUGUGAUGCGUGCUGCCAAUAAAGGUGUUGCACAACAAAAGAGAAAAAAGAUGGAGGAAAUCUGGAAAAAGAUUGAUGAACCACCUGCUUAUUUAAAGGAAGAGCAAUAAUUAAAGAAAAAAAAAAAAAGCUACCCAAACAUGUAAAUAAACGUUUUUUUUUGAACUAAAAAAGUGUGUGACACAAGUGUCUGGGAACCUCCUCUCCCCCUCUCUCUCUUUCCAUCUCAGCAUAGAGAUGGCGUUUUACAAUGUCUAACGUCAAAAAAGGUCCAAUGAGAAAGAACAUAGUAAGCCACAAUGGACAUAGAAACUCCACCCCCUCUCUUUGUGUAAUAUUAUGGACGAUCUUUUUUUCUUUUCUUAAACUCUUUUCUUUCCCUU